CCCCCCCCCCUCUUUUCUCUCUCUCCCCGUCUCUAUCCCUCUCCCUGGUCGUCUUCCUCCUUGUUUGUUUGUUCCCAUGAGUUAUAAUAUGAUGACUUUGGCUAUAUGACGCCAUGGCCAAGAAGUGACCAAAAGGCCAGACGAGUCCAUGGUUGACGAUAACAAAUGGCGACAGGGCUUUGAAGAUACUGUUGAGGUUAAGGGGCUUCUUUUCAUUAUAUAUAUAAAGAAUUUGUUUUAAUCCUUUUGUGUUAAUGUACAACAACCGAAACCAAGAACCGCUAGCAGCUUGCUCCUCCUCUUGUCGUACCUAGCUGCUAAUUCAACAAGCAGCAGCCAUCUCGAUCCUCUAGCUACCGCUCUCUCUGUCUCCGUCUCUGCCUCUGUGCGACAGAGAGAGUCGCACAGACAGUCAACAUGUGCGUUGCUGCGGGCACUGAGGGUAGUGUCAACCACACAGUCGACUCCUCAAAGGACGCUGCGCAGACUGAACAACCCACCGAAGAUACAUUCUUCCACCGUUCUGCCAAUUAUCUCCCAGUCACCGAGGCUGUAGAAGAGCUGCAAAUGCUUGGCAAGAUUGCAUGUCCGGUGCUGAUGACAACCUUUCUGAUUUACUCCAAAUCCAUAAUUUCCAUGCUCUUCCUCGGGCGUCUGGGCAAGACGGAGCUCGCUGGCGGCGCUCUGGCUAUUGGAUUUGCAAACGUGACGGGCUUCUCAGUCAUGAAGGGCCUCGCCGUGGCCAUGGACCCGAUUUGCUCCCAAGCCUUUGGAGCCAAGCGAUGGUCCCUUCUCAGCCAGACUUACCUCAAGACUUUCCUCCUCCUCCUCCUCGCCUCUCUCCCCAUCUCCAUCCUAUGGCUUCACGUCGAGAAUGUCUUCAUCUGGCUUGGCCAAGACCCCGUCAUCACCAAAGUCGCCAAGCUUUAUCUCAUCUUCUCUCUUCCCGAACUAGUAGCCCACGCUCACCUUCUCCCGCUGCGCUCCUUUCUGAGGACCCAGACCCUCAACUCCCCGGCCACUAUCGUAGCCACUUGCGCCACAACCCUGCACCUCCCCAUCAACUAUCUUCUCGUCAAGCACUUGAAUUUAGGGGUGAAAGGCAUCGCCUUGAGCUCCGUUUGUUAUUCAAUCAACAUGAACAUCGGCCUGUUGAUCUACAUUGCAUUUUCCAAAGUGGCCUUAAAGCCGUGGCUUGGCACGACGCUGGUCUCGACCGUUCAAGGCUGGUGGCCGCUGCUCAGCCUGGCCCUGCCCAGCGUUUGUUCCGUGUGCUUGGAGUGGUGGUGGUACGAGAUCAUUCUCUUUUUAGGCGGCCUCCUAACCAAUCCCCAGUCGGCUGUCGCAGCAAUGGGUAUUCUGAUCCAGACCACGGGAGCUAUAUACAUAAUCCCGUAUUCUCUGAACCUAGCCAUAUCGCAAAGGGUCGGCCACGAGCUGGGGGCCAGCCAAGAACGUCGAGCACAGAGGGCAGCGAUCGUGGGGAUAGUGGUGGCGCUUGGGUAUGGAGUCACGGCGCUUGGUCUGUCUCUUGCUUUGAGAGGCGUGUGGGGGAAGAUCUACACCAAUGACUUGCAGACGCUGGCAUUGAUAUCGGCGGCUCUGCCGAUUCUAGGGCUGGCGGAAGUUGGGAAUGCGCCUCAGACGGCGGCGUGUGGAGUUCUAAUAGGAUCGGCUCAGCCGAAGGUGGGGGUCAGAGUAAACCUGGCGGCGUUUUACUUGAUCGGGCUGCCGGUGGCGGCGUUGUUGGGGUUCAGUUUAAAGAUGGGGUUCAAUGGGCUGUGGGCAGGGCUAGUGGCGGCGCAGUACUCGUGCGUGGGGAUGAUGUUGUACACAUUGUAUCAAAUGGAUUGGAGAUACCAGGCGAAGAGGGCGGAGCAGCUGACUAUGGCCGCUGAGGAGGAGAAGGAUGCCAAGGUCGACUUGGUGGCGGUGGCGGCCUGAUCUUUAAUUUCAACACAAUAGUCAUGUAAAUCAUCACACCAUUUUUUGGUCAAGAAAUUUGCAGAAUAGAGAGAGUAGCAUCGCCGCCAUCCAUCCCUGUUCUGUUAGUUGGAUACGCUUGCUUAAUUAUUAAAUUUUGAUUUUGAGCAGCGGGCGCGGUAGUUAUUAUUAUUAUUAUUUUAAAAAAAUUAUCAAAUUAAUUAUUUAAUU